GCCUAUCAAACACCAGCUACGGAAGCUCACCCAGCUACUUUCUGAGAGAAAAUGGCCUUCGUUGGAAAAGUUGCGUACUUGGUUAGGACCUCUAUCAGGGGCUCGCGAAUUUUGAAAGGUUUAACAUGGCGCCGAGCUGUCGUCUGUGGCACUGUUGUCGCGACUGGAUUUAUGGGUUAUUCUUACCAAUAUAACGUGAACCGAAGCGUUCCUCUCUUCGUCGUUCACGCUGAAGAGCAAAAAGAGCCUGCAGCUCCCCAAAUGUCUGCCAGAAAGAUGCGUUUCAUCCAGUUUGCCUCAAUUGUCUAUGAAGAAGAGCCCUACAUGACCCCGAGAGACUUCCUCUUCUCUGUGAUGCUGGAGGAUGUUGAUCGAAAGCUCCAGAAGAGAGUCCUAACAACAAAAGAACGAGAACAGAUGAUGGUGGCUGCUUCCGAAGCUCGGCCUGGCAAUACUUUGUUCAGAUUUUGGGGUGACAAUGGUUUGAUAACCUACACAGAGUACCUGUUUUUGCUGACUAUUCUGACAAAGCCGCAAACAGGAUUUCACAUUGCGUUCAAAAUGCUCGACGUGGAUGGCAACGAGCAAGUGGAUAAAAAGGAGUUCAUGAAGCUGAAGAAAAUCAUUGGAAAAAAUAAAAGGAGAAUUUCAAAGGACAACCCAGAGAGAUCAGUUGAGGAUGGAGACCACGUGAACACGACGCUGCAGGCGUACUUCUUCGGAAAGAGUGGCGAAAACAAGUUGCAAUAUCAACAGUUCCGCAAGUUCAUGGAGGAUCUCCAGGCCGAGGUCCAGGAGAUGGAGUUCCUACAGUUCUCCAAAGGAAUGGACACCAUGCGACGGGAGGACUUUGCCGAGUGGCUGCUCCAUUACACCAACGAGGAAGACAAUGAGGUUUACUGGGAAAACAUGAGGAAGAGGAUCCCUGCUGGCCAGAGCAUCACAUUUGAGGAGUUCAAAGCCUUCUGCCUGUUCACCAACAAUCUGGAGGAUUUUGCUUUUUCCAUGAAGAUGAUCAGUGAAGCCAACCGUCCUGUGGGAAUGGCCCAGUUCAAGCGUGCCGUGAGGAUAGCCACAGGCCACGACCUGUCUGAGAACGUGUUGGACACUGUGUUUAAACUCUUCGACAUGGACGGGGACCACUGCCUGAGCCACAAGGAGUUCAUUGGAGUGAUGAAGGACAGAGUCUUGCGGGGGCUAAAGGUGCAUCCACAGAAUGGCUUCUCUGGCUACUGGAAAUGUGUGAAGCGGGAGACCCUCAAAGGCGCUCAGGAAGCCAUGGGAGGCGGCAGAUGUCCCAUCUGAGCAUCCGAUCGACCGAGGACACGUCUGAGACCCGCCACGGCUCCACCCGAGUGUGCAUUUCAUCAGUCGAGAGCAAAGUGUCCCAUCCACUUUUGUUGAUGAGUCAAUGUUUCAAGAGCAAAAUUGUAUCUUUGUAAUAUUGAGGGAAAAAAAUGUAAUACAUUUUUCUACCACUAAAUGUCAAGGAGUCAUGUUUUGAGGAUGUUAAUAUUACAAGAAAAUUUGGGGUGGGUAUGUUUUUCAAAGAAACAGUCAUUCAGUCAUGACACCAUAUAAAUACAUUCAAGAAUGAAGGAGAAACCAAGGGAAUGAAAUCAAUCUGGAAAAAGGUUACAAAACCAUUUUCGAGACUAUUCAAGAGCCUGGCUUCGGCCCUCAUUCAGAGCUGCUCCUUUCCACAUCCCUGCAGACCUCCACCACCGUCAAUAUGUGCCAUUGCCACCAAACGAUUGUCAAAAUCAAAUUACCUCUUCAUGUAAAUAUAAUGCAUAGUUUAAAAUAGCAACUUUGUCCUCUCGCUUUCAAACGUACCGGUACUCUAAAUAUAAAUCAUAUAAAAACAGAUUUGAAAAUAAUGGAAAAGCAAAUGCGUCCUCUCGCUUUGCCAACUGAGUUCAUGAUUUUGGAAUCAGGUAUAAAUAGUUUUGAAAUUCCUGACCUUAGCAACCUGAAAUUAUGAAUGCUGAGGCUUAUUUUUCCAAUUUCUAUUCAAUUCAGCAUUUUCUGCUGCACAUGAAUAAAAAAGGUGCUGUAUUUCAAACAACAAUAAACGCACAGAAGAGUGA